UUGCUCCACCAGACAGCGUCUCGCUCCCCGUGUUCCUUUCCCUUGACCCUACCCAAAAGCCUCGAGCGUUCCGCCUUUUGCGCUUGACUGCGCCCAUGGCGACCCCAGUGCAGGUUGCACUACGCAAACUCCUUCCGUUACCCUCACAACUACCGCCUUCGCUGUCACCUCGUCCCGGAAACCUCUACGAAGUCCUUGCAAGGUUCCCCAAAGAUGGCGUUGGUCAAAAGGUGCACCAGACGCGGUGGAGUGCUAAGGGCAUUGCGGGAAGCUACUGGGAAAUCACGCGAACGAGCCUGAAGUGCGAAGGAAAGCACGGGAAAGCAUGGGGUCAUUUGGUGUGGAAAGGCAAGCGUAUCAACGCACGCGACACGGAGAUUCGUGGAGGACUGAAGUAUAAAUGGAUGGUCGGCAAGUCGGACCCUGGUCCUAGUUUCCAACCUCUUCCCAGAACAUCGCCCUCGCCCCGGAAGUCAUGACCUCGCUUGUCGCCAUGUAUCUGCCCUCUUUUUGUAUGCUUCUUAUAAUUGACU